CUUGGAAAGAAACUGCCAUUUUCACCUGUUCAUUGUUUGAAUCUCUCUCUCUCUUCAACUAGUCUUCUUCGUCGAUCAACGCCAAACUCCGGAUCUCUAUCUUUUGAUUUCGUCAUCAAUCUGGAUCCGUGGAUCUGCAAGUGUGCGAGCCUUACAGGCCUCGCAUUUCAUUCUUGUCGGAUUAUCUGUGUUUCAUCCUCUGAAGCUCCCAUCCUGGAUAAAGUAGGGAAACAGGUCUAGCGUCGUGCUGGACCUAUGAUGAUUCUUAAGACAUUCGGUACAUACAGCAGAGAACGUGUAAGGAUUGGGGUAUGAAAAGUGAGAUGACAACAUCAAAUCCUCAAGAAGGGUCUUCCCAUGGUGUCCAGAAAGGGAGGGAUGGGAGGACUUAUGGCCCUGCAAGACGAUCCACCAAGGGACAAUGGACCCCUGAAGAGGAUGAUAUCUUGCGGAAAGCUGUUGAGCAUUUUAAAGGAAAGAACUGGAAGAAGAUAGCUGAAUCUUUUCAGAAUAGGACUGAUGUCCAGUGUCUACAUAGGUGGCAGAAAGUCUUAAACCCAGAACUUGUAAAAGGGCCAUGGUCAAAAGAGGAGGAUGAGAGAAUAAUUGAUUUAGUUAACAAGUAUGGGCCAAAGAAAUGGUCUACUGUUGCUCGGCAUUUACCUGGCCGCAUAGGAAAGCAAUGNAGGGAAAGGUGGCACAAUCAUCUGAAUCCUUCCAUUAACAAAGAGGCAUGGAGUCAGGAGGAGGAACUAACUCUUAUCCGUGCUCAUCAAAUUUAUGGGAACAGAUGGGCGGAGCUAACGAAGUUCCUGCCAGGGAGGUCAGACAACGGAAUAAAAAAUCACUGGAACAGUUCGGUUAAGAAGAAGUUGGAUAUGUACUUGGCGUCAGGUCUUUUAGAUCAGUUUCAGAGCUUGCCUCUCUUUCCCCCUCAAAACAUGUCUAACCCUUCAUCAGCUUCACGGGUGCAAAGUAGUGGAGAUGAAGGUAGUACCAAACCUGGAGCUGAUGCAGAAGAAUCUGAAUGCAGCCAAGGUUCAACAACUUUUGGUUGUUCACAAUCUACUAAUGGUUUACCUGAUGAGGUGAAGCCUGUAAAUGAGCAAUCGUUCUUGUCUGAAAUGCCAUGUGGAAUGGAGAAACAAACCUCUAAACCCACAUCAUCUGCAGAGCCACAUUGCCCCACUUUUGAUGACAUCAUGUUUAUUGUCCCAGAAAUUCCAUGCGAAGCAGAAUACUCAGCAAAGUUCCCAAAUUCAAAUUGCUCUCAUGAGAUUGAGACUUCUACAGCCAUGGAACAUCAGUUUAAUUUGCAGGAUGGAUCUAAAGAUGCUAAACAGGAGCUUGGUCAAGACUCGUCAAGGAUGAUGACUCAUUGCAUGGAUGUAAAAGAAAGACAUGAAGUGAUUGGAAUAGUUCAAACUUCAGUAUUAAGAGCUUCACCUUCUAUGCCAAGUCUGGAUAAAGAUCCUCCACCACAAACUCAACUAUUGCUCACCGAUGAGGGGUGCUGCAGGGUCCUUUUCCCAGAUAACAUGAAGGAUGGGUGUACUUCCUCAGGGGCUUUUGAGCAAAGCUCAAGUGUAGUUAGCUUUCAAGAAAACAAGGGAUCUUUUUGUCAUCUGUCAUCAGAAAACCAAGCUCAUGAAACUGGAAACAUUUUGGCUUCAUCCUGCCAUCCUACAAGUUUGGAUGUCUUGGAAGGUGGUCGACAUGUUGAUUUGUUACUUACUGCAGACAAGGAUUUGCGUUUAGACUGUAAGAAACCUGAUCAAAGUUGUCACCUGAUUGGAGCUAAAGAGUCAGAAGGUAAAAAAGAUAGGGAGGCUGAUUUCGUUCACACUGACAGGCCUGAAAAUCCCCAUGGUAAUGGUGAUUACGGUGGUAAUGCAGAUCUGCAGGAGCUAUCAUAUAUUCCGAAGGAUUCCUUGAAAUUAGUCCCCGUGGAUAGUUUUUCUUCUCCUCCUAGAGUAAACCAGCUUUCGUUUCCUAUUGAUGAUAAGCAAAAUGGGAAAGACAAAGGCACUCUGUGUUAUGAACCUCCCCGUUUUCCAAGUGCUGAUAUCCCUUUCUUCAGCUGUGAUCUUGCACAAUCAAGUAGUGAUUUACAGCAAGAGUAUAGUCCCUUUGGUAUCCGCCAGUUUAUGGUCUCCUCUAUGAAUUGUAUGACUCCGUUUAGGUUAUGGGAUUCGCCAUCUCGUGAUGAUACCACUGAUGUCGUGCUUAAAGAUGCUGCCAAAACCUUCAAUGGUCCACCAUCCAUCUUGAAGAAGCGUCACUGUGAUUUGUUGUCACCCUUGCUUGAUAGAAGAAAAGACAAAAAGCUUGAACGAGGAGUAGCAUCUUCCUUAGCUAAAGAUUUUCCUGCGAGAGAUGAUUGCAAGUCCUCUCUCCUGUCUGAGUAUCCUGACAAUAAGAAUAGGUGUGCCACACCUUGUGAAGGCAAAGAAAAUAGGGGUUGUGAAACAGGUGGUUUAGGUCAAGAAUUGGUUUCAGAUGUUAAAGACCUGAAGGAAACCUCGGAUUCUCACGAUAAAGCUGAGGGAAUGGUGUCUAUAACAAUUGUAAAGGCACUGAAAGAAGGAGAUGUUUCAGUCCAAAAUGACUGGGAAACUUCUGGAAUUCUUGUGGAGCAUAAUGAAAAUGAGCUUCAACAGUUUUCUCCUGACAAAAACAUGAAUUCUGGCACAAAAACUCCAACAAACAUACACAAAAGGUCCAUAGGUAUCCCAAGGCAGGGAAUUCCAUCAGAACUUCCUUGCACUGCAGAAUCCAUUCCCUCAUCCGCAACCAAAGGGAAUAAGACUGACACUGCAGAGAACAACAUAAAUUUUGAAAAUCUUGGAACAUUCAAUGGAACGCCAUUUAGAAAAAGUCUAGAAUCUCCUUCUGCAUGGAAGUCUCCUUUGUUCUUUAGUUCUUUCUUCUCAAGCCCAAGGUUUCCCACCGAAGUGGCACUUGAGGGUUUUGGAUACUUUUUGAGCCCCGGGGAGAGAAGCUAUGAUGCCUUAGGACUGAUGAAACAUUUGAGUGAACAUACAGCGGCAACAUAUGCAGAUGCUUUGGAUGUUUUGGGUAAUGACACUCCCGAGACGAUACUCAGCAAAAGGCAACAGAGAAAGUCUACUCAUGGUAAAGAAAACCGGCACCAGCCUCGUGAUCAACCGGGAAAUCAUUCCCAUGUCUCGGAUUCAACCAUUACAGUGGAACGGAGAACGCUGGAUUUCAGCGAUUGCGGGACACCUGGAAAAGCAAAGGCUUCCUUCUCGGGUUCCUAGGCAGAUUAGAUACUCGAUGUCCUCAUCUUACCUCUUGAAGAUUUCAGAUAGAAAAGGAUGCUUUUUGUUCAUAGCUCAGAAAAAAAAAAAUCUAUUCUUGCCCAUUCAAUUUGUAGAUUGGCAUCUUCCUUUUAUGUGUAAUGUCUUUUUCAUAAUCCCCCUCUUGGUGUCUCUGUAUCCGCAGCUCUUCACCUUUUGGGAACUGAUACAAUUGAUUUCCAACAACACUGGAAAAAAAAGAUUAUAUUCUUUUCA